UUCWGACUKCGGGCACAKCAGUGCAUGACACUGCUCACUCGAUCACAGACCAAGGCCAUGGACCGGAAGGCGGAAGAAUCCCUCCUGGCCUAUGAGGAACGCCUGGCGGCAUUCAUUCAGGAGGCCAACGAUAGGGCCGCCGCCGCGGCCAAGGAACGUAAUCGGCUCGAACAAGAGGAGGAGGCCAAGCGACAGAAGGAGGAACAGGACCGACUUCGUCAAGAAGAGGCAGACCUGCAGGCGGCAGCUGAACACCGGUCACGCCAGCGGGAACGACUGUUCACGCGGGAGACCGUGUUCGGCGAUGAGGCCGCACAUUGGGUGGAAGUGACAUCUGCAGACGGGGCCCCGGAGACUGAGAAAGGGCUGUCAGCCCUUGCGCAGGUCUCCCACGACCUCGUGGGCACCUGCGCUCUGCAGCAGGAGGAAAUCCUUCACCUGCAGCAGACAGUGGACCAGAUGCUCGCACGGCUGCAGGCGUUGGAGAAACAGCCAGCUGCUGUAGCAGCCGCAGGGCCUUCCACCCUUACCACCCAUGUGCAAGUUUUGGAGGAUGACGUCAGCAACAUCAAGUGUGUGCAUCAGGACUUCCGGACGUCGCAGCAAGCAAUGAACUUGCAGUUGGAGACGGAGGUCCAGGCUGCUGCCACCGUGACGCCCGCCGCCGCAUCCUCCCGGCGCCCACCCAAGCUGGAUGACAUUCCCGUCUUCUGCGAUCAGUCCAAGACGGAACCGAUCCCGUGGUGGCGCCAGUUUACUCUCAGGCUCGACAUGCACCAUGUCCCGAACAACGAUCGACAUCCGUGCUUGUACCACCGAUCUAACCGCGACAAAUGCGAGUUUGUCCGGCAAGAGCUUGAAUACUUGGGUCAUUUUGUCUCUCCGGAAGGCAUUCGUCUGUUGGCGGACAAGAUUCAAGCCAUCCAGGAGUGGCCCGAGCCGAAGAAUGUGACGGACGUCCGAUCCUUCCUCGGCUUGGCCGGUUAUUAUCAGCGCUUCAUCAAGGGUUACUCGAAGAUCGCGGCCAACCUAAGCAAGUUACAAAGCGAGGAGCGGCCUUUUGACUUCGACGACGCGCGCCAUUCUUUUGAGACACUCAAAGCGACACUCUUGUCCGCCGAGGUGUUACAUAUAUACGACCCACUUCUAGCUACGCGCGUCACUACCGAUGCGUCGGGCUAUGGCAUUGGGACCGUCCUUGAGCAGCACGAUGGCACGGACUGGCACCCGAUCGAGUACUUUAGCAAGAAAGUACAUCCCGUGCAUUCGAUCGACGACGCACGGAAGAAGGAGCUUCUUGCCUUCGUCCAUGCCCUCAAGCGUUGGCGACAUUUCCUCCUUGGUCGGAAAGCAUUCCGAUGGGUAACGGAUAACAAUCCGUUGGUAUUCUACAAAUCGCAAGACACGAUUAACAGUACCAUUGCCCGUUGGAUGGCUUUCAUCGACCAGUUUGACUUUUUCCCCGAUCACAUAACCGGGAAGUCAAACCGCUUUGCGGACGCCCUCUCACGGCGACCGGAUCUUUGCACCGCAGUCUACUCUACCUUCGAGAUCGACGACGACUUGCGGGAGAGCUUCAUCCGCGGCUAUCAAGCCGACCCCCACUUUCGCGACAAGUACGCGAAUUGCUCCUCUCCGAAUCCAGUGCCUUCGCAUUAUCGGAUCCAAGAGGGCUACUUACUUGUGCAUUCACGGGGUAAGGAUCUUCUUUGUGUGCCGAAUGAUUCACACUUGCGCACACGGCUUCUUGGCGAGUUUCACGAUGAGCCCGCCUCCGGACAUUUUGGUGUCAACCGUACACUUGGCCGACUUCGCCAGCGGUUCUAUUGGCCCGACCUUCUCAAGGACGCCACCCGCUAUUGUGAGUCGUGCGAAGCCUGUCGGCGUUGCAAGUCACGCAACCAUCGUCCGUUCGGCGAGCUACACCCAUUACCAGUGCCCCUUGGGCGACGGAAAGCAAUUGCUAUGGAUAUCACCGGCCCCUUCCCGAAGCACAAGACCGGCGUUGAUGGGAUCCUCACGGUCGUCGACCGCCUCACCAAGUACGCCAUGUUUUUGCCUUGCCGCUAUCCCGCAAAGGCACCGGAGUUAGCCGAGGUCUUAUACACCGGUUGGAUUCGCUCCAAGGGCUACCCCAAGGAGAUCGUUUGCGAUCAGGACACUCGCUUUCUCUCCGACUUUUGGGUCGCCCUCGUCAAGCGAUGGGGCUCAUCCUUGAAGCCGAGUUCGGCUCGCCACCCGCAAACCGAUGGUCAAACGGAAAGGGCGCAUCAGACCGCUCAAGUCCUUCUCCGCACUCUCAUCCGUCCCGACCAGGUUGAUUGGGUUGAACGCUUGCCAGACGUUGAGUUGGCUUACAACUCAUCGAUCCACCCGGCUAUCGGGAUGUCGUCGUUCGAGUUUGAGCAUGGCUCACCCAUCUCAUCGCCGCUGGGCGCUACUUUGCCGCGUACAGCCGAGAGCGACGACCAUCUUGCGUUCCUUCGUCGCAUGCAAGAGCUUCUUGUCAAGGCACGGGACCAGAUGUCGAAGACGCAAAUACGGAUGAGCCGUCAAGCCAACCGCAAUCGCCUUCCUUGCCCGUUCCGCGCCGGCGAUCUGGUUUGGGUCUCCGCAGCGGAGUUCAGCCUUGAGCAAGACAUCUCUCGCAAGCUCCUUCCCAAGUGGAUGCGGCCUUGGCGCAUUCUCUCUGCAACUGGUGAUGAUCCCGAGGGGCCCUCGUUCCGCAUCGCGGUGCCACCUCACUUGCCCGUCCACACGGUGUUCCACUGUUCCAAACUCGCUCCUUUUGUUUCAGCGGAGUCCGACGAGUUUCCCGGUCGACAUACGCAAGACCCUCCUUCCAUGGACGAAUUUCAGGAGGCCGGCUACAUCAUCACCGACCGGCGCCAUGGCAACAAAGAAACAGAGUUUCUACUUCACUUUUCCUACUGCAGCCACAAGGCUGACCAUUGGCUGACGCGUUCGGAACCGCAGGCCACAGCCCCCGCCGUUCUCUCACGCUAUCUUAGCAAAGGGAAGACUACGCAGAGCACUCCAGCUCCUCGCCAUCCUCGCUACAUUCCGCCAUUGGAUCGGCAGCUUCGCCCGCGCCCCGGCUCGUCUUCAUAAGGAGGGGGGCGUGUUACAUGCUGAAAGCCUACACACGGGCCCCUCACGGGACCCGAGGUUGGAAUAGGGCCCCCAGGUCGG